AUGGGUGUUCAGAAAUUUCCACACUUCGCUGUCCAUGAUUGGAUGACCGAAAUACAAACCCGUGUUGUGGCUAAAUCUGGAAAGCCUAGUGACCGAUUCCAUCUUGGAAAACUGGUGCUGGAUGGCCUCAGAGAUGUUCCGGAACAAGUUCUUCAGAUCGACGGUGGAACUGGGGAAUCCGAAACGUUUGGUUCAGCCCUGAAGAGAUCCGUUCAGUGCGCUAACGUGUUUCGGUCGAAAGGUCUUAAAAAAGAUGACGUAAUACUUUUGAUGGCGCCGAACCAUAUUCAUCUCUGCAUACCAAUGUAUGCUGCACUUUACCUUGGCGUGGGAGUAGCAGCGGUUGAUUUUGCGUUGGCAGAAAAGGAACUCCACGAAACAUUUAAAUUUAAUAAGCCAAAGAUAAUAUUCUGCCAAAGCGAAAGAGCCAAAGAUGUCGGAGCAGCCUUACAAGGUCUGGACUUCUCUUGUGAAGUCGUUACAUUUAACGCAGGAUCCGAAUAUAAAACAUUCUCAGAGUUGUUGGAGCAAGAAGCAGACGUUUCAAUUGAUGAAUUUGAGGCUGCAGAUUUCGAUCCAUCAGAGACGUCAUCAAUGCUUAUACCGACCAGUGGAACAACUGGUUUGCCGAAAUCUGCUGAAGUUACACAUAAGAAUCUUGUCUAUGGAAUGCCAUUCAUGUGGGCCCAGUUUGACACGUUCCCCUCACCAGUACCUUUAAGUAUUGUGAUGUCUCCACUUCAAUGGUACUCGGCAAUAUUUCUAUAUAUCUCCUGCCCUUUGAUGAGGCAGACCAGACUCCAGUCAUCAGAACCAAUGACAAAGGACCACUUAUAUUACCUUAUUAAUAAGUAUAGGCCUUCCUACGCAAUGUCAAGUCCAAAUAUGUGGAUGACCUUGUUCAAGCCCGGAGACCGAGAAGAAUGUGAUUUUACAUCGUUUCAAUUAAUUCUUAGUGGGGGUAGUGCAAUGCCACAGAGUCUAAGGGAUGAGAUUAAGAAAGCAACUCCAAAUACAUUGGUAUUGAAUGUAUAUGGUAUGACUGAAUUGUCUGGAUUGGGUUUUCUACACGACCCCACAGUGCCAGAGGCAAUGGGCCGCCCAGUACCAUACUAUAAAUAUAAGCUUGUAAAUCUAGAGACUUUGAAAGAAAUUAAGGAACCUAACGUCGAAGGUGAAGUUUGGUUUAAGGGUCCAGCUGUUUUUAAGGGUUAUUAUAACAAUAAAGAGGUUACAGCGGCAACUCUGACAAAGGAUGGAUGGAUUCGCACUGGAGAUAUUAUGUACCGAGAUAAGAAUUAUCUUUUCUACUUUGUUGACAGAUUUAAAGCACUACUAAAGUAUAGAAAUAAUCACGUCUCUCCAGUAGAAAUAGAAACUUUAAUAAGGAAUCAUCCAGGCGUGUUCGAAGUAGCCGUGACGGGGGUCCCGGAUCCAGAACAUGGUGAUCUGCCUGUUGCUUUUGUGAUAAGAUUAGGCGAAAGUAAAGUAACUGCUCAAGAGAUUAAGGAUUUGGUUAAAAAUAAUUUGUCAGACUCAAAGCAACUUCGAGGAGGCGUUAUCUUCAUAAAACAGUUACCUCUAAAUGCUUCCUCCAAGGUUGACAGGAAAAAACUCGCCGCUCUAGCGAAAGAAAUGGAAAGAGAAUAA